AUGUCCGUGCCGACUCCGCCAUCAACCACGCUCUCCGACCCGCCGUCGCCCACGGAGCUCGCCACGCCCAGGCUGCCCCCGAACUUCGACAAGGCCAGUGACAGUGACAGCGAGGAAGGAGAAGAAGAUCCCGACAUGCUCUCGCCGUCGGCGAAGCGCAUCAUCAAAACCACCACCACCAUCGUCACGCCCAUUUUCAUCCGGCCCAAGCCCAUCUACGUCAUCGUCGCGACGUCGCUGAAUCCGCCCAUGGGCAUCGGGCUCCAGGGCAGGUUGCCCUGGCCGCCCAUCCGCGCCGACAUGGCCUUCUUCAAAAGCGUCACGUCUCACGUCCCGAACGUCGCCAACAAGUCCGGGUCGCAGCAGCCAGAGUCUUCUUCUGCGUCGUCACAGACGACGGGGCUGAGGACGCUGAAUGCCGUGGUCAUGGGCCGCAAGACCUGGGAGAGCAUCCCCCCGAAAUUCCGACCGCUGGCGGGCAGACUGAAUGUGAUCAUCACGCGUUCAGAUUCUGACGCGCUGGGCCGGAAGAUCCUUCAGGAGCUCCAGUCCGCGUCCGCGACCAAGGGAGCCGACGCCGCGUCGUCGUUGUCGUCGUCGUCGCAGUGGGAGCUACACACCCUCCCGCCGCCCAGGCCAACUGUGAGGAUCACGCUGAACUCGACGUCCAAGAGAGCCUCCCAGAAACGGCCGAGCACGAUCCUCGUCCCGCCGCCAUCUUUAUCAUCCACCACCACGUCGAUAUCCCCGAUCCUCAUCUCCCCCUCGCUUGCGUCGACACUCUCCCUGCUCUCGUCGCAAGCCCCGAUCCACAUCCCCCCGCCCACUGCCACCACCAGCAGCAGCGCCAACACCGCGCCCACGUCCGCCCCGGCACCGCGCGACCCGUCGCUGUCCCUGUCCCUGUCGAUCCACAAGAUCUUCUGCAUCGGCGGCGCCGAGAUCUACCGCCAGGUCCUGUCGCUGUCUUCCGCCAACCUGCACACGCCCACGACGCCGGCCGGGAGUGAGACGGGCACGGACACUGAGGGCGAGACCGGCGGCGACGGGGGCGGUAAGCACUUUGACGUGAGGAUCCUGCAGACACAGAUCCGCCGCAUGCAGGUACCCCGGACUGCCGCCACCACCACCACUACCACUACUGCCACGACCGCCGCCGACGACGACGACGACUUUGAAUGCGAUACCUUCUUCCCCGACCUCCUCCCGUCGCCGCAUUCGGGCGUCAAGUCCGCCAAGUGGAAGCACGUGCCGCAGGCCAAAGUGCAGGAGUGGAUCGGAGACGACGUCGAGCUGCCGCAGCACAUGGGGCGGCGGAAACAAAGCAUCGCGGAUGCCAAGGCGGGACAAGAUGAUGAGAGUGAAGAGGAGGAAGAGCAGGUGACCCCGGCAGACAGCGCUGGGAAGGAGAUGUGGCUGAAGGACGAAAAGGCUGGUGUUGAGGUUCGGGUGGUUGGGUGGGAGCGGAGAUGA